AUGUUUAUGCAACAAAAUAAACCCACACCUGAAGAAAAGGCACAACAACGAAGAAAAACCUGGAAUGGCUUUGCAUCGUUUUUUUUUACUGUUAUUGCUAUACGUGUUGCUCCGUUUGUGAUUGAAUAUUCUUCCAAGUUCUCCAAAUAG